AUGUCGGAGCGGGCGGAGCGGCUCUCAGGCCUCCAGAAUGGCGCCGUGGGCUCCAUCGCCGGCAUGAUCGAGGUGAUGCUGCAGCAGCCGACCGUGGCCAUCAAGAACGCCGUGCAGCAAGGCCGCCCCAUCCCGUGGUCCGUGCCGGCGCUCUACCGCGGCGUGGGUGUCUCGCUGGCCUCCAUCGCGCCCGUGAGCGCCAUCCAGUUCUCCGUCAACGGCCGCUUGCUGCGCGCCUUGACUGCCCCGGGGACGGCACCGUCGGACCAGACCAAGGUGCUGUGCGGAACACUGUCAGGCGUCGCGUCGGCCGUGCUCAGCGCCCCCGCGGAGCUUGUGAUGACUCUGCAGCAGAACAACGGCAAGAGCUUCGGCGCCACCGUCAAGGAGAUCGCCCAAGAGCACGGCGUGGUGCGGCUGAUGCGCGGCUUCACGGCAACGGCGGUGCGAGACGCCGUGUGGUGCGCUGGGUACCUGGCGCUGGGCCCGGUGUUCACGCGCGAGAUGCACACGCUGAGCCCGGCCACCUUCGGCCGCGCGGACACUGCCACCAAGUCGCAGAAGGCCUCGGCCUCCAUCGCCGGCUGCGUCACGGCCGGGCUUAUGACGGUGGCGGCUACGCAGCCCGUGGACACCGUCAAGACCGUGAUGCAGGGCGAGGCCAUGACGCUGCCCUCGGGUCGCGCACCCAGUACCCUCGCCACUGCUGCCCGCAUCUACCGCGAAGGGGGCUUGCCGCGCUUCUACCGCGGCAUCGUGCCGAGAGGAUGCCGCUUGGUCGGUGCCGUCUUCAUCCUGGGGCAGUCGCGUAUCUGGCUCGAGGAGCUCUUCGAGGAGCACGCGCUGCUCAAGUUCUAG